CCCGGAAGCGUCCCGUGACUACGCUGCCCGCUGGCUUUUGCUGCAUGAAAACAAGCUUUUAAUUUCCCAAAUGGAUCUUCCGUGCGUCCCGUGGCAAGAGCACGUUGCUCGGAAAUGGGUCGGACUCGAACCCGAGCUCAGGGAGCGUUUUAAGUCCCUGCUUGAAAUAAAAGAUGUCAUUGAAAGCGCCCUGAGUCUGACAACGCAGCAUGACGUGAAGUGCUUGCACAGCAUCUCUGCCGGAAGACCUCAUCAUCACACACGAAAGGAUGCAGAGGAGGCGGCCGCAUGCAGGGAACGAGGCAACGCCAGCUUCAAAAGCAGGAGGUACACCGAGGCAGCCCUGCACUACUCACAGGGAGUUUGUUUGGCCCCCCAAGGUUCUGAGCAACUGCCGUUGUGCUACGCCAACCGCUCUGCGGCACUCUUCCACCUGCAGCGCUACCAGGAAGCUCUUGACGACGCGGCAGAAGCCGAGAGGACCAACUACCCGUCCGGUCUCGCCCACAAGCUGGAGAAGCGUCGCGCACAAUGCCUGGCACGCCUCUCUUCCUCGGAGCUCCAUGCAGACCAAGAGGAAGGUGUCCGGUCGGGGGUGUCUCCUAAAGUGACCGUUCGAGUCAGCCUUGAGAAAGGUCGCCACGUGGUGGCGUCAGAGACGAUCGAAGCCGGCGAGGUGAUCCUGAGCGAGAGGCCGUACAGCUUCGUCCUGGUUCCGAGCAGCAGCGGCACGUUCGGGUCGGAGCACCGGCGUUGCCACGCGUGUUUGAACCCGACGUGGCGACCGGUCCCGUGCGGCGGGUGCUCAUAUGCCCGCUACUGCGCCGCCAGCUGCAGGGACCGCGCCUGGGAGGAGUACCACUGCCGGGAGUGCCCGCUGGGCGCCCACGUGACAGCUUUGGGCGUCUUGUCGCAGUUGGCUCUGAGAGUGGCGCUCAAAGCCGGCCUGAAGAACAUCCGCCAGGCCUCUGGAGCCGCCGCCGAGCCCCCGGGGGAUCCUUCGGGCGCCGCGUAUGAGGGCGUCUCCUGCCUGCUACACCACUUGGACCGGCAGAGCGCCAGCAUGCGCUUCCUGUGUGCGGUCACCAUGGCGACGCUGUGCCUGGAGCUCAGCGGAACGGGACCGCCGCCCGCGGGACGACAGGUCGCCUUCGUGGGGGACCCCGCCGACGAGGAUCAGGGGUGGCGGCUGCUGGCCGGCGCGGCGCUGAGGCAUCUGCUGCAGCUGCGGUGCAACGCGCAGGCCGUCGUCAUGCUGGAAGACCAAGGUGACGACCAACCGACUGAAUGCCAGUCGAUCGAGGGCACAUCGCCACACUGGGGUUUGUCAGACGCCCUCGUGCUGUCCAGUCAGGAAAGACGGGUCGCAACGGCCGUCUUCCCGACGCUGAGUCUCUUCAACCACUCGUGCCGACCCAACACCAGCCUGAUGUUCGGCGGCGGCGGCAUGGUCACGGUGCGGGCGUCCCGCAGCGUGAACGCCGGGCGAGAGGUCCUGCACUGCUACGGUCCUCACAACAGCAGCAUGGCCGCCGCGGAGCGCAGGCACCUCCUGCAGGAGCAGUACUUCUUCCUAUGUCAAUGCGAAGCCUGCAAGGAAGAGCGGGCGCCGGGAAGUAGCAGAGAUGGUACAUCUGGACUGCUCUGCGCAGAGUGUGACACUUCCCUCGCGUCCUCCGGCGGAGGCGAUCUGGAGUGCCGAUCGUGCGGUUUCGCGUUGUCCUGUGGCGAUCUGACCGAGAGGCUGCGGGACGUCCGCCGAGACUUGGACGAGGCCGUGGAUCUCCUGGAGCAAGGCGAACCCGGAGAGACCCUCGCCCUGCUGGAGAGAAGCAGGUGUCGCGCGGGCGUGACGCUGCCGCACACGCACCAGCUCCAGGGCCGCAUGGACGACACUUUGGCCAGAGCGCACGCGACCAACGGCAAUUGGUCGCGUGCGGCCUUGCACUUGGAGCGCAGCAGUGCCGCCGUGGCCGCCCGCUUUGGCGCAGACAGCGUGGAGAUGGCGCGACAGCUGGCAAAGUUGGCGCAGCUGCACUUCAACGCCGGCUCGAGAGCCUCGGCCUUGUCCGUCAUCCCCGAGGCCCGACGCCUUCUGAGCCUGCACUGCGGCGCCCUCUGCCCUGAAGUGCAGGAGCUGCAGGCCAUGGAGGAUUGUUUACAUAAUUCAUAAUUGAUUUUGUCAAUAAAAAGAUGACUAAAAUG